UUUCUGCCAAUUCCAGCGAUACCCUCACCUCAUCCAUAUCCAUUCCGCAGCGGGUCUUGGCUGGUGGUGUCACUUUCAGCCGACAGACCGGACCGAUCAACGACUCGAGCAGAGCAGGCAUUAUCAGGGUCAGGAAUUGUCAGGUAUGGAGGGGCAUGGAGGGGCAGCUUUCCCUUGGUUUCCAGCAACAGCGGGAAAAAAAAAAAGUCAGCUACGGCACCUUAUCCCUGGCCCCUGCCCCUCGUUGCUGGCCUGCCCCUCGUUACAUCACUUUCGCAGCUACCCCCCGGUCCAACAGCAUCAGGUCCGACACCCCCGUCGACUCACCUUUGCUCUCUCUCUCUCGCAGCCACUGCCACUUCCAGGCUUCAUGCAACACCGCCGUGGUCCACGCCAAUUCUCUGGCGCCUUUUUUUGUGA